UUGCGGAACUUAUUGAACAGCGAACAGUGUUCUGUUUUUUUUUUUCUUUUCCAGGGACACGAAGAGCCCAGCCUACUUCUGUCGCUUGCAACAUGGCAGCGUCAGCCACCACAUACAAGGACCGACAGUUCCUUGCCGUCAUCGGAGAUGAAGACUCCGUGACGGGGCUCCUGCUGGCGGGCAUCGGGCACGUCACAGAUGGACCAGACGCCCAGCGAAAUUUUCUCGUCGUUGAUGCCAAGACCGAAACGUCCGCAAUUGAGAAAGCGUUCGUGAAUUUCACACAGGAGAGAAACGAUAUCGCCGUGCUCCUGAUAAACCAGCAUGUCGCGGAGCGCAUCCGACACAGCGUCGAUUCUUUCGCCGACCCUUUCCCCGCCGUUCUCGAAAUCCCCAGCAAGGAUCACCCCUACGACCCAGAGAAGGACAGUGUAUUGAAGCGGGUGCGGCGGCUGUUCGGCGAAUAAGUUGGAGAGUUGCUGUGUCCCUAUCUAUUUCUUGUUUGUCCGGAAUAUAUCGAGAUGCUUGCCGUCAUCUGAGGUGGCGUUAUCUACGCUGCGCCCUGUAUACGGAGCGCCGGAGUGCCUCUUUUCCAGGUGCAUGGUCCAGUGGGGUGGUUUAGUACAGAGGGAAGAUACCCAGGUUACACCCGAGCCAUGUGCAUACAAUUCAAUUAUACCUACCGAUCGAUACGGAGUUUCUUAAGACGUGGUUGAUGGCAAAGUGUUUCUUGCCCCACAAUGGGAAAGGAUAUACCGAAUUUCAC